GGUUUGAUUCAUCCAUUUUGAAGAGACGGGGGAGCGGGGGGCUCGGCAGAUCCCGGGGGCCUGGAUCCAGUAGCAGCGGAGCCUGAGAAGCUAGCGGCCCGGGCCUCGGCGGCCAAAGCAGCUCCGGGGGGGGAGGGGCGCCCAGCGCGCGGGGUGGGGGGGGGGCCUGGUCUCGGCUUCGCUGGAGGUCCGGUUUCUGCUGCGAACAUGUCCCGGCCCGUCAGAAACCGGAAGGUGGUCGAUUAUUCACAGUUUCAGGAAUCGGAUGAUGCAGAUGAAGAUUAUGGAAGAGAUUCAGCUCCUCCAGCUAAGAAAAUCCGAUCAUCACCCCGAGAGGCUAAAAACAAGAGGCGAUCUGGAAAAAAUUCACAAGAAGAUAGUGAGGACUCUGAAGAAAAAGAUGUGAAGACCAAGAAGGAUGAUUCACACUCACCAGAGGAUAGCGAAGAUGAAAAAGAAGAUCACAAAAAUGUUCGCCAGCAGCGUCAGGCAGCAUCCAAAGCAGCUUCCAAGCAGAGAGAGAUGCUCAUGGAAGAUGUGGGCAGUGAAGAAGAACAAGAAGAAGAAGAAGAGGCACCAUUCCAGGAGAAAGAUUCUGGCAGUGAUGAAGACUUCCUAAUGGAAGAUGAUGAUGAUAGUGAUUAUGGAAGUUCAAAAAAGAAAAACAAAAAGAUCGUGAAGAAAUCCAAGCCUGAAAGGAAAGAAAAGAAAAUGCCCAAACCUAGGCUAAAGGCUACAGUGACACCAAGUCCAGUGAAAGGCAAAGGAAAAGUGGGCCGCCCCACAGCAUCAAAGGCAUCAAAGGAAAAGACUCCUUCCCCCAAAGAAGAGGAUGAGGAGCCAGAAAGCCCCCCAGAAAAGAAAAAGUCUGCUAGCCCUCCACCAGAAAAGUCUGGGGAUGAAGGGUCUGAAGAUGAAGCCCAGUCUGGGGAAGAUUAAAAAGUGAUGGUUUGGGGAGAUUUUAUUUAAAAAAAAAAAAAGAGGGGAAAAAAAAAAAGAAAAUCUACUUAGGGGUAGAACAUGGUUAUGGCUAUGGCUUGACUCAUGGGCUUUGAAUGCUUUCCCCCCUUCCAUUACCCUUGCCCCCCCCCACUGGUGAGAGAUAACAGCAUCUUCUCCCACCCCACCCCCCCAUUUUUAAAAGAAAAUUAUGGUCAUGUUUUUUAAAUUACCUUUUGUCUAUUGGCUACUCUCCCUCUCCCAAUCUCCAAUAAAAGCCAUGACAAAAUAUCCAAUGAAUUUACCACCUAAAUUUAAAAAAAGAAAAAUGAAAGGGUUAUUACAGGUGAAGCAAUAAGAUUGGAGGCAAACCCUAUUGGAAUUUUAACUUUACUAAAAGUUAUCAAGGUAAACAGGAAUCCAGAAAACCCUUAAGGAUUCCGAAUGAAAAUGGUUGUUCCUUAUUUACCUGAAUUUAAAAAAAAAUCACUAUCAGCAAAAACAAGAAUAUGUAUAUUUAAAAAUUAUUUUUAAAUCAUGAAUCUAAACUGUCAUUGACUAGGUAGGAAGGUGAUAAAUGUGAAUACAACUUUAAAUUCCCCAUAUUUCUAACCCCAUUUGGGAACAACCAGGCCACAUGACUUUUUGGUGUGGGUUUUUUGUUGUUGUUUUGUUUUGUUUUGUUUUAUUCUGUUUCACUUCUGGUCAUCUCAAGGAGAAUAGGAACAAGUAAGAAAUCCUUUUCUCCUGCCAAGAUCUUUAGGGAGUUAAAUGAUGCUCAGCCUAAAAAUCAGGGGAGCAAGUGCAUCAGAAUCUAAGUGACUGUUUCAGGUCUGAAUUUCCAUGGUUCGUGUUUUUAAAAUAAAUAUGUAUCUAUUCUUUUCUUGGAAUAAAUUUUACCAAGGAUCAAGAGGAAUUUAGAUUUUAACAGCAAGAUUGCUGUACCACAUCAGAGUGGGUUUCUUCUCAAACUGACAAUGUUUAGGUUUUAAGCCAAUAAAGAACCAGUUAAUGUGAAACUAAAUCACAGAGAGUUGGGUUUUUUCCUUUAAGAAGUGGAAUUCUGUUAUGGCAUAUCCAUGCGCUCAGAUCCCAUGAGUCAUGCUUUGGUUAAUUCAUAAGGUAAUUUCAGAACAGAAUGUUUUCCUAUCCCACCCUCCUGUUUCUCCCCAGAAAUGUGGUAUGUACAUCUGAACUUCCUGCUGCAAUAUGGAACACAGACCCCCUCAUGCCUAUUUGAGGACAUUAUCUCUCUUCACCUACAGUUUAUCUUCUUCCCAUCCUGCCCCCGAUGGGGGUUUACUACUUACUGCUGCUCCUGACUUGUUGGCCCUCUGUCUAGGUAUUGAUCAAAUAAAGUUGAAGUUUUACGGGUUCAUUAGAAGAGAAGGGGAGGACCCAACUCUGCAUUCAGGAGGCAUGUUUGCAGUUAAUUGUUAUCUUCCAGGCCUUCAUGAAAGCCCCUGCACCUCCCUGAGCUUUGUUCCUUCAAGUCCUGAUGGAAAUAAGGUGUAGGGAUAUGAUAUAUUAGUAAAUUUGAAAUGAAAGGAAAAACUGAACCUCCUUUUUUUUCCUGGGAUUUUCUCCCAAGUACCUUGCUUGCUGUUUUAUCUUUUUGUUUGGACCUUUGUAAGAAUUUUCUCUUUUAGUCAAUACCUUGCAAGUGUUCUCAGAACAAAGACCUCAACAAAGGAGGUGCUUUUAGGGAAUGGUUUUUAGCAGCUCUUGCUCAAAGUAGUAUAUGGCCUCUUUUGCAUUUAAAAAGGACAUGGAGUUUCUAGUGCAGAGCCAAACAUGUAGAUGUUAAUGCUUUGUAUGAUGGUUAAAUUCAUAGCUGGGCUUUAUAAUGAGGGUGAUUAAUUUGCAUUCAUGGGUUUCUUCGAGUUUCAGUCCCUUCAUUUACAAGUUCACACACACACACACACACCCCUCUUCAUUUUUUUAUAUUAUUUGUGUUACUACAGUAAAAGAUACAUCAGUGUUCCCAUUGCAAACCUCUAUUUUUAGGGGUUUAUAACUUGGCUAUACAACUUCAUUCUGGGCUUCAGUCCAGAAGUAGCUAAUUCCUGCUCCCCUACACAUACAUGUGCCCCCUCUUCCAUUAAUGAAGUGAAAAUGAGUUCAUGUAUUCUCUGUAUUUGUGGUUUUUCUUAAAUUUUAUUUCUUUAAGCUGGGGGUUUGGAGCUGGGGGUGGAGAAUUUCCUAAAUCAGAGCUUAUGUCAAAACGAUUUGUGAUAUUGUAACCUGCUCAGUUUUUUUUUUUAAUAUAUUCUCCAUAAACAUCUCUGGUCAUCGUAUGACUGUCAUCCACUUGUACAUUAAAAUUAUUCUUUUCUAUUAGGUUACUUGUGUGCAUUCAGGUUGGGUUUUUUGUUUGGGGGUUCUUUUAUAUAAAACAGUUUAAUUCUUAGACUGGAAAAGCUGAAAAUGUUAUUCAUAUGCAUUUCUGAUAGACUGGAAAAAAUACCUAUAUUUCCUGAUGGAGUAGCUACAUUCUAAAAGUCAUGUUUUUACCAUGGAAAUGUUGAUCUACCUUUUUAAUUUUAUCAGACUUGAGUCAUUCCCUUAAAUUCUCCACCCAUUCAAUGGAAUAGUUACAAUUCAAACUGGAAACCUAGGUGCUUUGUGUUGAGGUGUACUUGAUACUGUGACCUUGGCUUAAGGAAGUGUGUAUAAUUGACCGUAGUCAUUAGUGUUUGCUAUAUUGGUUGGCUCUGUGUCCAUGGUUAUAUUUAAAUAUACAGGGUCCACUGUCUUUUUAACUUGCAGCAGUUGAAAGUUGGAUGGUUAUUUAAACAUGAUCAUGCUGGUAUGUAUCAUCCGCUGAACACUGUUUUCUGACUAGUGUGGGUUUAGCUUUUACCUUCCAUGUUUUUCAGCUGCCCAUUCUGACACUGUUUUCUGGUUCUUUAGAAUCUUUUGGAUCCAGACUCUUGGACCAUAGGUUGUCCUUAACAUGCUGGAAAUGUUGCUGUGCUUGAUGGUUUAUCCAGUUAAAAUUGUGAAACCAGUCUAUAACGUUUGCUACCUUCCAUCCCCAGAAGGUAUGGGAUUGGACCUAAGGAGUGAAUUUAAUAACAGAAACAGUAUAUUUUACUUUACUUUAUAAAACAUCAUCCUCUCUGUAUGUUUUCCUGACACUUUAAUUCCAAGAAGGAAAGUUUUUGAUCUUACCCCAUUUAGGGGAGGUAUAAGAUUGUUCAUAAGGGCUGUGUUUUAAUCUCAAGGAGAAAGUUUGUAUUGAUUCCCAUGAAGAAGCUUUGAUGGCCAAUAAUUUUUUCACUCAUGUAGUUGCUGCUUCCAAGCUCAAUCCUCAUGUAGCAGCUUAUUCUUGUGAAUAGUUUGGCUUCCUGUGGGUUCCCUUUAUUGAUGUUUGCAUGUAAAUAUUCAAUACAAAGUUGAAUUUUGAGCUCCUAGCCGGAUAAAAAGUCUUUGAUACUGCUUACAGACCUGAACAACUAUGGCUGAACAUGACACUGAACGAUUUUUAAUGGCUUUUCUUGAUUUUACUUCUUAAGAAGCAUUAAAGUAACAAAGAUAAAUUUUAGAACACUCUGGGUUUUCUAUUUUUUUUUUUAAACAAGCUUCAACUUAGUCAGGUUUUAGGGUGUUUGGAGGGCCAGAACAGAAUUUAGCAUGGGGGAACUUUUGGGAAAGCUUUUUAAAAUAAUCAUGUGCUUGAGCAGACUAUCUCAUGUAAGAGGUGUGGGAGAGAAAAAUGGCUUCUUUUUACCGUGUGUGUCUGUUGUAAUAACGAGCGAAUGUAAGGCUGAGUUAUUUUUGAGCAUGCUCAGGGGCUGCAUUUUAAAAAAAAAAAAACAACUUGGGCUUUAGGAAAACAUGACAAACCCAGGUUCUGUUUCCUCAUGUUGUUUUCUCAAUAUUUCAUACGAACAUACAUACGAAUGAAUGAUGAAAUGAGCAAGAUAACAGUCAUUCACAAAGGGACAGAGAAAGAAACUACAACUUGCUAGUUGCUUCAAAGGUAGAGAAAGUUACUUUGCCUUGUCAUUCUGAUUGUGGGGUGUGAAACUUUUUUAUAGUAUUAAAAAAAAUUGAGUUUAGAAUUUUUUUUGAGGGAGAUUUAAUAGGACAGUUUGGGUCCUGGAAGAAGAAAAUAUAUAUACUUUCAGAUUCUGCAGAGAAUAUGUAACCCAUUUCUCCUUCCCUUUAUUGGAGAUAUGUGUAGAGGGAUGGCAGUUGUCUUGGAAUGGACUUUCUACCACCAAGAUUCUUUCAGAAUCCUAAACCCACAAAUUAAAAAUUUGAUUUUUUUCCCCUGAAAGCCUAGUUACAAAGUUCACUUUGGUGCUGACUUUGUGUAUCCAACCACUAUUGGAGAAAGCCUCUAAUGCAGCCCACCACAAUGCCAGUGUAGUGAUCUAAAUGGUGACAUCUAUCUGAGCAUGCUCCGUGUGACUGGUGUAACGCCACCAUUGUGCAUAUGCUUUGUAUAUCGGGGAGGGGAGGGUUUUCUAGAUUUGGGUGGGAAAGGGUUGGGGGUGGGAAUAGCAGUAGGGGCUUUUGGUUCCUUUUUUUCCUUUUUUUGGUGGGGUGGGGGAAAAUACUCAGCUUAUGCCACAAAUAACAUGUAUAGAAUCCCCAGAAGUAUUUUGUGUGAGUGCGAGUGUGUUUGAUGUGUCUGACAAUUUAGAUCCUCUGUCUUCUGGAAAUUUGUGAAUUUUACUUUUUUUUCCCUCUGCGGAAUCAAUUGCUUUUUUUAAAAAUGUAAAUAAGAGCACUACUUUGUUUACCAUAAGCAUGUCUUCACAACAAACCCUACAUAUUCUACUCCAAAGGUUUUUCUUUGUUUUGUUUUGUUUUUUUUGUUGUAAUUCACAGUAAGCAGUAACCCUUGAAUAGCUCGAUGGUUUGCAGGUAAUAUUUGUCUUGAACAUUUGUCAUCCUAUUUGGGGCUUUCAUAUAACCAGCCCUAAGGACACCCCCCAAAAACCAUUCCUUGCCAGUUCAGUUCCUCAUCUUUUUCCAUCUAGUGAAGAGGAAGGGAUAGAAGAGGUCUUCUGUCCAUGGCCUGAGACCAUAACAUCCUUUCCCACCUUUGGCAGCGUUGCUGGACAUAUGGUCAAACACUAGAGGGUUGGGCACUCUUGCAAUACCUUGACAAUGCUGACACCUGCAGCAUGGUACUAAGGAAGUUAAAAGUUUGAAUGUAACUGCUUUAUUUAAAAAGAUUUACAAUUUUAAAUAAAACAGGGUUGAAGUGAACAUGAUUUUGUUGACCAUGUUCGUGAAUUAGAUACAACAUGCAUCGGUAGAAUUGUGUGAUGGUCUUUUGUGAUACUUAAUUUUACAUAUCCCAGUCUCUGUAUGUGCCUGCAUAGAAAAAAAAACCGAUUCUGCUUUGCUUUUACUGAAGGGGUUUCCAGAACCGUGUACCUGCUCCUGAGCUCUGUUUUAAGUAUGUGUAUCCUUUGCUUGUAUUUUGUAUUAAAAAAAGACAAAAACAAAAAAGAACCCUUAAUUGUUGAGCAUGUUGGCGUUGUUGCCCCCCUUUUUUUUCUCUUUUUGGAAUAUAUGAAGCAAGUUAUUCUUUUUCUGUAUCUUUUUUUUUCUUUUGUAAACUUUUUUGUUUUGUUUUGUUUAAAAAUGGCUUUAUAAAAGGGCUUUUAUAACCCAGA